AUGCUCCUCGGCCAGCUGACCACUCUCCUGAGCCUGCUCAGCGGGGCCCAGCUGCCCACAGGCUCGAGGAGGCCCCUACCUGGCCUGGCCUGGGCAGCCGGCAAUCAGACCCAGGCUCCAGGCCGAGGGGCCUUGGCCCCCCCCGCGACAUCCUCUGCCCUCAGCAGCUGGAAGGCCUUCUUGAGCCUGCAGAGAACCGGGCGGCUGGGGACGGGCAUGCUGCAGCGCGGGCAGGAGGCGGCCACCACCGUCUCUCUGCCCCUGGACCCCCAGGAAGUGGCCCAGGAGAUGUGCAAGGCCGUGCCCUUCACUCAGGUGUUCUCCCGGCCGGGCUGCACGGCUGUCCACCUCCGGAAUCACCUCUGUUUUGGCCGCUGCUCCUCGCUCUACGUCCCCGGCUUGGAGCCCGCCCCGCUGGUCCUCUGCAACAGCUGUGUGCCGGCUCGCCAGCGCCGGGUGCCCGUGGGCCUGUGGUGUCGGCCGGGCCGCCCAGCCUCCCGGCGGGUGAAGAUGUUCACCGUGCUGGUGGAGGGCUGCCAGUGCAGCCCGAGGGCGUGA